AUGUCUACAAGCAAUACGCCACAACUAAAGAAUGCACGCCCCAUAAGAAGAAUUCCUAUAACUUCUCGCUCGGACUAUAUCGUCACAGAUAGCGGAAACCGCAUUUCAAGGCAGAGUAGGAUUAAAGGAUCUCAAUACAUUACUUUGGCUGGCAAAAACUUAGUAGAAAAAAAUGUUACCAUACGUGGCGAUUUGCACCGACCCGACCUGAAGGCACCUGUAGUAUCUGUUGGCUUUUACUGCAUUUUCGAAGAAAGUAGCUUCAUAUAUCCUCCUGCACGAAAACUUCCUAUAUCAGAAGAAUCAGCAUUAUCUCAAGAACAAGCCAAAGCAAUUUGCCCCGAAACUGGGAAAAUUCAUUUUCCUAUUAAAAUUGGUAGCUACGUCUAUGUGGGUCAAGGAACGCGUUUGGAAGCAGCUCAAAUUGGUAACAAUGUAUAUAUUGGUAAAAAUUGCACUAUUGGCGAAUUUGCAAAUAUUAAAGACUGUGUUAUUAUCGAAGAUGGAACAGUCGUACCACCAUAUGUCACAGUUAGUCCUUUUUCAAGAAUUUCCGGAGAACCCUCACUGUUUAUAGAAGAGCUUCCUGAAAGUACUGAGCAUGUUUUGGAAAUGUAUUGUCGAAAAGUCUAUGCCGGGAUUGAUAUGGUAGGCCCACCUCUUUAA